AAUAUGAGGAACACGCCCACUUCCGCUCUUUCGGCCAACCAUCUGUCUGUUCAUAACCAUUUGUGUUGUUCUCCAGGUGUAAACAUGGGAGAUGCACCUCUGAAGCGGGAGAAUGAAAGUGAUGAACUCGGACAGAAGGCUAAGAAACAAAAGGGAGAUCCGGAAGCUGACCCGAGUGGAAACGGAGAGGAAUGCGGCGAGGAGAAUAUCUUAUCUGGGUUUAAGACCACUGCUGUGUUGAAGGAUUCUGCACGGGAGAAGACCAUCUUCCUCCAUGGGAAGUUGGACGAGCAGGAGGCAGUGGUCAUCCUGCAGAAGACCCCCAUCACAGAGGUCUCCGUGGCGGAGAUGUUCGCUUGCUCAAAGCUGAAGCUGGAGAUGAGGAACGACAUCUACAGCACCUAUCAGCUCCAGCCUCCUGCUCACCUCAACGUGCUCAAGGCGACAGUGGUGUGCCCGGCCACAGAGAAGCACGUGAAGAAGUACCAGGUUCAGGAGAGCUUCCUGGUUGAGGAGACCGGAGAGGACUACCUCUCCAUCACUCUGCCCUACAUCCAGGAGAAGAGCUUCAGUCUGCAGUGGGUCUUCAACAUCCUGGAGAAGAAGGCGGAGGCGGACCGGAUAGUUUAUGAAGACCCUGACCCCGAUGUGGGCUUCGUUCUUCUGCCAGAUUUCAAAUGGGACCAAAAACAGACGCAUGAUCUGUACCUGAUAGCCAUCGUCCACCAGAGAGACCUGAAGAGUAUCAGAGAGCUCACAGCCGACCACCUGCCUCUGCUCCAGAACAUCUGCACCAAGGGGAAGGAGGCCAUCCUCAAGCGCUACGGCCUUCCCGCCAGCAAGCUGCGCGUGUACUUCCACUACCAGCCGUCGUACUACCACCUCCACGUCCACUUCACGGCGCUGGCCUCGGAGGCCCCCGGCAGCGGGGUGGAGCGGGCCCACCUGCUCUCCGACGUCAUCCAGAACCUCCGGGCGGACGGGGGGUUCUACCGUCAGCGGAGCCUCAGCUUCCCCCUCCGCGCCGACGACGGACUGCUCGCCAGGUUCCAGCAGGCGGGGCGGUUGUAGGGGGCGAGGUUCCAGAAGGGGCGGUGCGACGAUCUGUUUUUCGAAGGUUGAUGUUCGUUUUAACAACAGACCGUUGGGAAGAAUGUCACCACUGCCAUGGCAACGCAUUCAUUGUGUCUCCCGUCCUCCCGUUCUUCCAUAUUAAUAUUGAUCAUUGAUUGAUUGAUUGGUCAUGUCUGAGGCCCAGCUGAGCUCCUGGUCUCUGUGUUACCAGAACAGUACAGCUGUAUCUCUUCAUAGUGAUGGCACUGGGGUUUGGAUGUUUCACUUUUUUUACCAUUGUAUUUUUUUUACUAAUUGCAUUAUUCAAAUGUUUUAUUAAUCGACUUAAUAAAAUACUUUUU